AUGGAAGAGCAAGCAGAGAGCAAGGAACGGCUGCAACGAGCGCCCUUCGAGACCGCGCUACAUCACGCCGGCUAUGGAUGUUUCCAGUGGCUUCUCCUCAUGUCGUGCGGGGCGGUGUACGCAGUGUGCGCACUCAGCACUACUACACUUAGUUUCGUGCUGCCGGCCGCCGAAUGUGAUUUUAACUUGUCCUCUAGCGACAAAGGGAGGCUUACUGCUACACCUCUUAUAGGUAUGUGCGUGGGCUCAUACUUUUGGGGUAAUUUAGCGGAUGCGCGAGGACGCAGGAAGGCGAUCAUCGGUGCGUUGCUGCUAGACGCACUCGCCGCAUUUUUAUCCAGUCUGGUGCAAUCUUUCCCUGCUUUUCUGGCUUGCAGAUUCUUCUCGGGCUUCGGAAUUAUUGGAGCGACUGGUCUCAUCUUUCCAUAUUUUGGAGAUUUUCUCUCGUUCAGGCAUCGAGAUGUGAUGCUGUGCAGGCUGGAGGUGUUUUGGACUUUUGGGACCAUUUUGUUACCAGGUAUCGCCUGGUUGAUCAUCCAAGAUCCUCGCUUCAACCUAACAGCAGAUGGUGCGGACUUUCAGUACACAUCGUGGAGGGUUUUCGUGGCAGCUUGUGGCAUUCCCAGUUUAUUCGUGGUCCUGCUUCUGUUACCAUUCCCGGAAAGCCCCCGCUACUUGCUCUACGCUAACAAAGCGGAUCAGGCGUUGACAGUGUUACAGAGGAUAUUUGUUGUGAAUACUCGCCUGGAGGAAAAAGAUUUUCCAGUAGAAUCAAUGAUAAGUGCAGGCGACGGAGAGGAGGAGGUGGUGUCAGCAGACACCAACGGCAAUGAAACCAAGACCCCACUUACAUGGAACCAGCGUUGGGAAGCCUUCUGGGUUAGAAAGAAGAUGCUAGUCACUCCGCCGUACAUAGGCCUGCUAGUGCUGUGCUGUUUUGUUGAUUUUGGACUGAUGUUCAGUUACUACACACUGAUGAUGUGGUUCCCGGACCUGUUCGAGAGGUUCAGUCAGUUCUCGUCGCUGUUCCCGGGCGUGUCGGCCGGCGUGUGCGAAGUAUCCGCCAACGUCACCAGAAGUGAACUUCUGGGCAAACAAGAAUGUCCGCAAGUGAUAGAUGAUAAGGUGUACAUCCACACGCUGGUGGUGGCGCUGAGCUGCGUGCCCACCGCGCUGUGGGUCGGGCUCACCAUCAACAUGGUGGGCAAGAAGCUUAUGCUUGUGAUAAUGUUAAUAAGUUCCGGGCUCGCGGCGCUGGGACUGAACCUCGUUCGGUCCUCGCUCGAGAACUUACUCCUCUCGUGCGUGUUCGAGGCCAUCGUGAGCUGUACCGAAGCGGUACUUUUCUGCGUUAUAUGUGAAAUUUUCCCCACUAAAGUUGCCGCCACGGCGAUGGCCGUGACGGUGAUGUGUGGGCGCGUGGGCGCCAUCGUGGGCAACGUGGUGUUCGGCGCGCUCGUCGACCAGCAGUGCGUCGUGCCCAUAUACAUGUUCGGUGCUCUGCUUAUUACGAGCGGACUACUGUGCAUCAUCCUCCCAAAGAGCACGCGGCCAGAGCGGCCUCAG